AUGGCGAGGUGGUUGCUGAUCGUUUCGUUGGCCUGUCUUCUGGUUCACGAGACCAGGAACGAGAUCCUGACGCCCCCGUACUUCAAUCUCGCCGAGGGCAAAGAGAUCAUCGCGUCGGCCACGUGUGGUGUCGACACCCCUGGCCCGGAAUUAUACUGCAAGCUGGUAGGCGCGAACGCCGAUCAACACGAGGACAUUAAUCUGAUACAGGGUCAGGUUUGCGAUUAUUGCGAUCCGGAGAAUCCUGAAAAGAAGCAUCCGCCGGAGUAUGCGGUCGAUGGAAUGGAAACCUGGUGGCAAUCCCCGCCGCUCUCCAGGGGAAUGAAGUACAACGAGGUGAAUCUGACGAUCAAUUUGGGACAAGAAUUCCACGUAGCGUAUGUCUACGUAAAAAUGGCGAAUUCUCCGAGGCCCGGGCUCUGGGUGCUCGAGAAAUCGAAGGAUUAUGGCAAGACCUGGUCGCCCUGGCAAUACUUCUCCGACACCGCCAACGAUUGUAUGACUUACUUCGGUGUGGAUAGCUACAAGCCCAUCACCAGGGACGACAGCGUGAUUUGUACGAGCGAGUACUCACAGAUCGUGCCUCUGGAAGGCGGUGAAAUACCGAUUUCGAUUCUGAAUAAUCGUCCCUCCGCCAAACACUAUUUCAAUUCGACUCUCCUGCAAGAAUGGACCAGAGCGACGAACGUCCGUUUCCGUUUCCUGAGGACCAAGAACCUGCUGGGACACCUGAUGUCUUUGGUCAGGCAGGAUCCUACUGUGACCAGAAGAUAUUUUUACUCGAUCAAAGACAUCAGUAUCGGCGGUCGUUGCAUGUGCAACGGACACGCGGGUACGUGCGACGUGUUGGACCCAAAAUUGCCGAAGAAGCUUUUCUGUAGAUGCCAACAUAACACUUGCGGGCCACAGUGCGCGACUUGCUGUAAGGGUUUCGAGCAAAAGAAGUGGCGGCAGUCCACGGCGUUCAAAAAGUUCACUUGCGAACCUUGCAAUUGUUUCGGCCACUCGGCCGAGUGCGUGUACGAUCCAGAGAUCGAUGAGAAACACAUGUCCCUGGACAUUUACGGGAACUACGAGGGCGGCGGUGUUUGUAAGAACUGUCGCGACAACACCGAAGGGAUCAACUGCAAUCGGUGUAAACCAAAGUUCUUCAGACCGCUGGACAAACCUUUGAACGCUACCGAUGUUUGCCAACCGUGUAACUGUAUCAACUUCUUCUCGACCGGAAACUGCGCGGACGCAACGGGAAAGUGCGAGUGUCGCAAAGAAUACAGUCCACCGAAUUGCGACAGUUGUAACGACGGAUAUUAUGGAUAUCCAAAUUGCGUGCCCUGUCAGUGUAAUCGAAAAGGAACCAACGGCGAUUAUUGCGAAGCGAUCGAUGGCUCGUGCCCUUGCAAGCAAAACUACGCCGGCCAUUACUGUAACCUUUGCGCGGAAGGCUAUUACAAUUUUCCUGAAUGUUUGCCCUGCGACUGCAAUUCUAUGGGUUCUCUCAACUAUUUUUGCGACGUGGUGUCUGGUAAUUGUACCUGCAAAAACAACUAUGGCGGUCGAACCUGCGACAUUUGCGAAGACGGUUACUUCAACUAUCCCGUCUGUACAUAUUGUAACUGCGAGGCCCGCGGAUCCGUGCCCGGAGUUUGCGACAAAUCAAACGGUGUCUGUCUCUGCAAGGAAGGGUAUGGCGGUGCCAGAUGCGAUCAAUGCGUCAGUGGAUAUUACGGAUAUCCGAAUUGCAGGCCUUGCAAUUGCAGCUCUAUAGGAUCGUCGUCUGUUAGCUGCGACGCUACAGGAAAAUGUUCCUGCCUCACCAAUUUUGCUGGCAAGACUUGUAACCAGUGCAGUCCUGGCUACUACAUGUAUCCGGAAUGUAUAGCGUGCAACUGUGACAGUCACGGUUCAAUCGGCGCCUCCUGCGACGCGGAGGGUAAAUGUCAAUGUCGGGAGAACUUUGACGGUGCCAGGUGCGAGAAAUGCAAAGAAGGGUUUUACAACUUCCCGACCUGCGAAGGAUGCAAUUGUGAUCCAGCAGGUAUCGUCGAAACCUUUCAGGGGUGCGGCUCUUUGCCAGCCGGAGAACUCUGUCAAUGCAAAGAUCGCGUCGAAGGAAGAAUAUGCAACGAGUGUAAGCCGCUCUAUUGGAAUUUGCAGCCUUACAAUCCUCAGGGUUGCGAAGAAUGUCAUUGCAAUAUACCUGGUGUCAUCGGAAACAUCGGCGAAUGCGACACAAAGCGCGGUCAGUGUAUCUGUAAGCCAGGGGUAACAGGAAGGAGUUGCGAUCAGUGCGUGGACGGCACGUACAAUCUGCAGGAAAGCAACUUCUUUGGCUGUUCAGAUUGCGCCUGUGACAUCGGUGGAUCUGUCAAUCCCAUUUGUGACAAGCAGACAGGUCAAUGUCAGUGUCAACCACGUGUUACUGGUUUGACUUGCAACGAACCACUCAAGGCCCACUACUUCCCGACUCUGCAUCAAUUCCAAUACGAAGUAGAGGAUUACAAAACGCCUAGUAACAGUCCAGUUCGUUACGGUUUCACCGAGGAACAUUUCCCGGGUUACAGUUGGAAGGGUUACGCGGUGUUUUCGGCUCUUCAGGACGAGAUAAUUUUACCCGUUUUCAUUCAAAAGUCCUCCCUCUACCGAAUGGUGUUAAAGUACGUGAAUCCAAACAACGAGCCGAUUCUCGGUACCAUCACGAUCUCACCGGAGAAUCCACCGGGCGUGGAACAACAUUUCAAGGUGAACUUUAAGCCCACCCGGAAACCGUCGUUCGUGACGGUCGCCGGUGCCCAUGGUAAUCAUCCGUCGCCUAUGGUGAUGGAUCCUGGUCGAUGGUUCAUCAGCAUCGCCACCAAGAACAGCCUCUUCCUCGACUACUUUGUUCUACUCCCGUCCGAGUACUACGAGGCCUCUAUCUUAACGCAGGACGUGAAUAUCCCCUGCGAGGUAGGGUCCAAGGGACUCUGCCGUCAUUAUGGUUAUCCUAACUUGAACAGAUUCGACUCUGUUCACGGGGCCGGUGGAUUUUUGAACGAGAACAACAUCAGGAUCCCACUGACCGAAUACUUCACCGAGAGAGACAUCCUUCGGGAAAUCGGCAGAGACGAGGUGCCGUUGAUCAACGAUAAACAGGAAGAGAUACACUUUAAUUUGAGGGUCUCGAAACCCGGGCUUCACGUGUUAUUAGUGACGUACGUCACGCCAAAAGAUGAGAAUGCUACGUCGACUCUGUUGAUAGAGGCCAACACGGUUGGCAAAGGAAAGGCUACUCUCUAUCCUUGCAAGUACACCAGUGUUUGUAGACAGGUGGUCACCGAUAACUACGGCCGAGUGGCGGCCAUGAAUUUCCCUUCGAAUUAUAUUAGCUUGAUCUUGACCGGCGAGCGUACGUCGAACGUUGCGAUAGACUCUGUCGUGGCCAUACCUCACUACCAGUGGUCGUUGGAUUACGUCAAGCCCAAGUCUAUCUGCGUGAGAAAGGACGGUGUAUGCGUGAAAGGCGAGUUCCCCGGAGCCGCGGACGCGAAAAAGAUCGAGUUUGAAAGCGUUAGCACCGUUCCAGAAGCCACCGACAAGCCGUUCGGUAUCUAUGACAACACUACCAAGCUGAUCUAUUUAGACGACAAGAACACGAUGGUCGAUAUCCACGCUAAAGUCUUUCAACCUGGUGAUUACACGUUCGUCGUGCAAUACUACCAACCGGACUAUCCGCAAUACGAGUUGGACGUUCUGUUACAAAACGGAAAGUUCUACGAAGCCGCCAUGUCCGUUUCCCAUUGCCCAAGCAACAGUGGCUGUCGAAGCGUUGUCAAACAGGCCGACGGUAACAUUCGAUUCCAACUGAUAGAGAACUUUGUGAUAACGUUUAAAGAGUUCAAAGAGAACGCUGGGAACGGGAUCUGGUUGGACUAUAUUCUGGUGAUUCCCAGCGAGCAAUACAACGAGAAGAUUCUCAAGAAAAUUCAGUUCGAUCAGACGAAGGAGUUCAUCAAGAAAUGCGGCUACAAUCAUUUCCACAUGAAUAGAACCGAGGAAGGGUUCUGUCGUGACUCGGUUUUCUCAUUGACAGCAAAUUACAACAACCGUGCGUUGCCAUGCAAUUGCGACAUUAACGGAACGAUCAGUUUCGAGUGCGAAAAGUUUGGUGGACAGUGCCCCUGCAAGCCAAACAUCAUAGGUAGACGUUGCGAGAUCUGCAAAACAGGAUUCUAUGGAUUCCCGAAUUGCAAGCCUUGCAACUGUCCCAGCACAGCCCUUUGCGAACAAGAGACUGGCGCUUGCAUCUGUCCCUCAAGGGUCACCGGUGAACGAUGCGACCAGUGCGAAGUAGGAACGUACGGAUUCCAUCGAAUAAUUGGUUGCGAAGAGUGCAACUGUUCUCCUGUUGGUGUGCUCGAUGGCGAUCUGCAAUGCGAUCUCUUUAACGGUAGCUGCAGAUGCAAGGAGAAUGUUGUCGGUAGACAGUGCAACAUGUGUCAGGCCGGGUACUCGCAGUUUCCGCACUGCGAGAUAUGCGACUGUGACACCAUAGGCACCACCACCGGUAUCUGCGAUCAGUACACAGCCGAAUGUUUCUGUAAGGCGAACGUUCACGGUCUUGCCUGCGACAUCUGCAAAGAGGGCACCUUCAACAUCCAACAGAGCAACGAGGAAGGUUGCGCAAAGUGUUACUGCUUCGGAAAGACCACCAGAUGUACCUCGGCUAACCUUUACAGGACUCAUAUCUCCGACAUGUCCAAGUGGGGUCUGGCUGUGUCCAGCGAGAAAGGCGGAACCCUGCAGUUGUUGGUCACGGAUCCCCAAAAGUUCAAUGGGACCAGCAUACACGCCAGUCUGGCUGGGAACGACACCUUUGGUGAGGUGGUCUACUUCUCCGCGCCGGAGACUUACUUGGGAAGGAAAUUGACCUCCUAUGGGGGUUUCCUGAAUUAUACAGUUCAUUACAGCACCGGACCGUUUGGUAACGCAGUCAGCGCGGCUGACGUUAUCUUGGAGAGUGGCGACACAACGCUGUUCUAUUACGCCGAUGAACAGCCACCGUCGUUCACAAACUUCCAAUCGUCGCUGGAACUGGUCGAGUCGAACUUUUUCACGCAUACCAGGCUCAGUGCCACCAGGGAACAGCUAAUGGUGGUUCUAGAAAAUCUUCAGGGACUACAUAUCAGGGCAACCUACUGGAAUCCCAGUAUCACAGGCUCAUUGUCUCGCGCGACGCUUGAUACGACCACCGAAUUCUAUUCGUCGCAGUAUAACAUUCCAGCCGGCAGCGUCGAGCAGUGCGACUGUCCACCAAAUUAUCAAGGAUUGUCCUGCGAAGAAUGCGCGCCCGGGUACUACAGAGUUCAAGCCGGACCUCACGGCGCCUGCGUUAGGUGCGAGUGCAACGGACAUGCUGAUAUCUGUGACGUAAACACUGGGAUAUGUUUGGGCUGCAAAGACGGCACCGCAGGCGAGCACUGUGAGUUCUGCCAGCAGGGCUAUUACGGAAAUGCGACCGGAGGAACGCCGACAGACUGUCUGAUCUGCGCCUGUCCUAUGCCCAUUCCAUCCAACAACUUCGCUACCGGUUGCGAGGUGAACGAAGAAGGCAACAAGAUCAGUUGCGACUGUCUACCAGGCUACUACGGCGGCCGUUGCGAGGUCUGUGCUUCCGGUUACUACGGCGACCCGCAAGUCCAAGGGGACACUUGCAAGCUGUGCGAGUGCUCGGGAAACAUCGACACCAAUCAGAUCGGUUCCUGCGAUUCUAUCACGGGCGAAUGCUUGCGAUGCCUGAACAAUACUUACGGCGAGGCCUGCAAUCUCUGCGCGCCCGGGUACUUCGGCGACGCCGUCGGUAGAAAGGAUUGCCGGAGUUGUCUGUGCGAGGAGUGCGGUUUGGAGCAUUGCGACAGCGGCACCGGUCAGUGCUUCUGUCGCGAGAACGUUGUGGGCGAGAAAUGCGACCGUUGCGCCGAUUACCAUUACGGCUACGACAGCUGCGACGGCUGUAAAGCUUGCGACUGCGGGCUAGCCUCCGACAGUAGCCAAUGCGACGAUGUUAACGGUCAAUGUAAGUGCAGACCCGGCGUCACUGGACGUAGAUGCGAUCAGUGCGUAUCAGGAUACUGGAACUACGGUCCCGACGGAUGCACUUCCUGCGGAUGUAACACCGGAUACUCUGUCGGCGUGUCCUGUAACACCACCACUGGACAAUGCACCUGUUUACCAGGCGUGAUUGGGGAGAAAUGCGAUCACUGUCCCUACAGAAAUGUCCUGAUCCCGGGCCAAGGCUGUUUCGCCUGCGACUCUUGCACCGGGGACCUUCUGGACGUUACCGAUCAGCUGUCCUAUCUGUUGGACCCAGUGUUCAGCGAGUACAACACCGUGGCCGAGAGCUACUUCACGAAUCAACGGUUGAAAUUCAUUAACGACACGGUGAACGAUCUGUACACGGAGGUGAACCUCUUGGAUCCGAACAGAGUGGACCUGUUGCCGUUACGAAAUGCCGGGGAAAGACUGGAGACGGGGGCUUCGAACCAAAAGCGAGAGAUCGAUUUCACGGCAGAGGACAGCGUGAAAUGGAAGCUCGCCGCGGCGAAUACUCUCCAGGAUAUGAAUUACCUGCAGUCAGACGUGAUCAACGAGAUAGAACUGGUCAGAUCAACGGUCUCCGAGGUGGAGAGCUUGGCUCUGAAUAUUGAACUGGGCACGGGCGCAAAGGUGGAGAACGCUCUGAAAGAGGCGGAGGACAUACUGAAGAGGAUAAAGGAGGUGUCUUUCGUAAAGUUUCGUGACCGUGCGAUAGAUCAGGCGGACCAGGCGAACAUCCUUGUCUCGGAGAUGCACGCGUACAGCAUACCGGUGAGUAAUCUGUCGACCGUCGCGGAGCGUUUCAGCGGCAGGAUUAAGAACGUCACCGCCAAGACGGACGAUUUGCUCGAGAUCACGUGGACAGCCCAGGAGCUGGCCAGUACGGUGGACAGAUUGAACCAGGAGAAUAGGAUUGCGGCGAUGACCGGUUACCACGAUCUCGUCAAGAACGCCACGGCCGAGGCGGAGGAGGAUCUUAUCGCUGGCGACGAACUCAACGGGAAUGCCACCGAAUCAUUGGACACAGCGGCUGUCGCCGCGUACAGAGAUAGCGGAAGAGCCAUCGAGGUCGCGCGUGACGCGGCAGCCGACGCCACUGACGCCGCCAAUAACGUUACCGUUUUGUUGGACGGCGUGGAACAGCGUAUGCGGAACUCGAUAAAUGCUUCUUCACGCCUGUUGGAGUCUGCCAAAGACACCUUGGAGAACACCGGGGGGGGACAAGAGGAACUGGACAACGCGCAAGCGGACGCGAUCUUUAUAUACGGUCAGAACAAACGAAAUAAAGAUCUUUUGGAUAACAUCGAUAAAGUUCUCGCGAAUAUUCCCGCGUCAACUACGACGAUAGCACGGGACGCGAUGGGCCGGCUGAUAGACGUCGAGGAGAAUAUCAAGCUCUCGGUCGGCAACAUGCACGGUGUCGUGGCAAAAAUACCGGAGGAUCUCAGGGACACCAAGCAGCUGUCAAAGGACAUCUCGGAAUCGAAUCGUGACGUAUCCCAGGCGAUGAAGCAGAUCGAUAUCGUCGACAAGUAUCUACCGAAAAUCGCCGAACUGUCGAACGGUUUGACCGGCAAUCAGAGGGCGAUCGAUAACCGGGAGAAUGAUCUGCAGGGCAAGAUCGAGGCGUUGAAAAGCAAAAUCGGGAACGCCAGGGAACUGGCGGACCGUUUCAAAAUCGGUCUGACGUUCUACAGGAACACCACCCUGGAACUAAAGAACCCCGAGAGUCUCCCUUUGCUGGCCACAUCCACCAAGGUGUCCCUCUACUUCCGAACAAACAACACCAAUGGCUUCCUUCUGUAUCUCGGAAACGAGAACAACGAGAAGCUUCCCCGGACAAAGACUCACGACUUUCUCGGUCUUUUGAUCGAAAGCGGUUACCCGGUGCUCAUCGUCGAUCUGGGAUCCGGACCGGAGAAGAUCAUCAACCACAAGUUCGUCUCCGACUACGUCUGGAGGCAGAUAAUCGUCGACAGAACCGGUAAGAACGUGCGGCUAAUCGUCCGCGAAGAUAUCGGCGAAGGAAAGGAUCAGUUGUACGAGAAGGGUCACGUGUUGCCUGGUUGGCACUCGAUAUUCAACGUUGACCAAGAGCACUCGAAGCUGUUUGUCGGUGGUUAUCCGUCAUCCUUCGACAUGCAGGAUGCCGUGACGGCGUCCUCUUUCGAAGGUGAAAUGGAGGAGCUCGUAAUCGGCGAUAUACCCGUGUCCUUCUGGAACUUUGUAGACGGGGAGAACAAUCAGAAAGAAGCUAUCGAGAGGGACAAGCUGAUCAACUUCCAGCCCAGCACCGGGUACAGAUUCGACAGACACGGUUACGCGAUCCUGAGCAAGAGAAACUCUCAAAUAUCGCCGGACAGCAAGAAGUUCAGUAUCAAGUUGAACUUGAAGACGUUCGCGGAGAACGGUUUGGUCUACCUGAUGGGUAAAGGUAAACAAUUUCUGUCCAUUGAAAUCAGGGACGGUCACGUGCUCUAUCAGUACGAUCUCGGGGAAGGGGAAACCAGUCUCAGGUCUGCGAAUAAAUACAACGACGGAAACUGGCACAGUCUCGAGGCUCUCAGGUUCGAGAAGAUGGGAGUCCUGAAAGUAGACGGCGUUGACGUCGCGAACAACAAGGCGGUCGAUGGUAACAACAAGAAUCUGGUAUCCUCUGAUAAUAUUUACUUCGGUGGAUAUCCACCGAACGCCAGGCAUCCUUACGAACCCGUGACCAACGAUGGCUUCGAGGGCUGUAUCGAUGAGGUCGUCAUCUUGGACACGGUGGUUGAUCUGACGCGCAACAUUCAAGCGUUCGGAGUUAUUCCCGGAUGUCCAGUCAGGUUCGCCAGUCUAGUGUCCUUUGAGGAGAACAUGCCGGGUUACGUAAAAUGGCCCAACAUCACCGUAUCGGAUAUCCUUCAAGUGAACCUCAAGUUCAAGACUUUAGCGAACGACGGCUUAAUCUUCUACGUGGUUGAUCCAGAGACUGGCGCAGUCAGCUAUCUGUCCCUGAUUGACGGGGUGCUGGUCUUCAAUAACCAGGGCGAACAGCUUAGAACGAGUUCCUCUGGCAUCAAGUUCAACGAUAACGAGUGGCACGUGGUCACGGCCACUCACUCGAAGGACUCAUUGAAACUUGACAUCGACGACACCAAGAACUACAGUACAGACUUGGAACUACCUAUACUGAACAUACCUCUCGGUAGUUUAUACAUCGGUGGUUUGCCGACUGCCUUUGGUAUCCCUCAAACCGGUCCAGCGACGUCAUUCGUCGGCUGCGUCGGGGAUGCGACGCUGAACGGAGUCAUUAUCAACUUUGCGAACACGACAGAGAGGCCUCACGCUUUCCUAGGAAAGUGCAAGGGCGGAGACCCGUCGUCUGCACCAUCGAUAGUCGAGCCGAAGCCGGAUGCUGUGCCUCCGUUGCUACCAGCGGAAACGCCCGACGAUAAUCUUGAAGUAUCCACUCAAUUCAACGUUAUCGAUGUCGACGUGGAAAAGGAUUCAGAGGAGGAGGAACCUAACCUGGAGGGGCGAGGUGGUGGUUAUCGUGAUGAACUGACUACGACCACUGAACUCACAACUUCGACCCAAAGACCGACGCCAUUGCACGUGGACCGGUGUCAACUCCCUUAUUACCCAGCGGAUGAUCCCGACUUGGACAAUUCUUGGAGAUUCGGCACCGCAAAAAACAGCAGAUUAGAAUACAGGUCUUUAAACGGAAGAUACAAGAACGACUAUGACUUCCAGAUCGACGUGAAAACGAUGGCCGACGAGGGAAUCAUUUUCUACACUUCGGAUCCUGAUAAUCAGAAUUUAAUCGCUGUAUAUGUUAGCGAUGGCAAGCUUCACUAUAAAUUUGACUGUGGAACCGGGCCUGCGUUAUUGGUCAGCGAAAAGAAAAUCAAUGACAAUCAAUUUCAUCUCGUAAUAUUCAAAAGACGAGGAAGUUAUGGAGAACUGAUGGUCGACGAGGAACCACCGGUUACCGGAUAUUCACAAGGCGACACCGAAACCAUGAACGUGAGCCCACCCUUCUACGUGGGAGGAGUCCAGCAAGACGCGUCCGGCAAAGUGUACAACAUGAUUGGCACGAACCAAACGUUCAGCGGAUGUCUAGGAAACUUCAUGGUGAAUGGACAACCAGUUGGUGAACCGAUAAACAAAGUGGGCGUGAUUCCAUGUUCAAAACGAGUCGAACCGGGAUUAUUCUUUUACCCCGGCAAUGGCAGCAAUUUGUUCCGAGCAGUGGAUAAAUUCACCGUCGGUAGAACGAUCGAUAUCCAAAUGGACAUUAAACCACGUUCUACUUCUGGACAUUUGUUAUCCGUUCACGGCAAACGAGAUUACUUGGUCUUGGAAAUGAUAAACGGAACCGUCAAGUUCCUCGUCAAAACAGCAAAGGGCUCGAUAGAGACUUCCUUUGAGCCAACGAAUUCAAAUUCCCUCUGCGAUGGAAACUGGCAUAAUAUUCGAGCCGUCAAACAGAAGAAUGCUGUGCUUUUAUCGGUGGACCAUAAAGCAGCUCCGCCGGGAAUCGGUGGUAAAAACGUGGCAGGAGUUCUGUCCAGGCACCCGAUCUUCAUCGGUGGUCAUCCGAUGCUUGGAAAAAGGUUAAGGGGGAGCACCUCGCAAACGCAGUAUGUCGGAUGUAUCACAAACAUUCACAUCAACAUGCGACCCGUAAAUCUCGGUCCGGAACGCGCUUAUGGACAAGUUACUUCUGGUGUAUGUCCAACAAUAUAAGAACCUGAAAAAUCCGUGACUUAAAACACAUGACCCGUAACUUUCAAUUAUUUUUCUCUACAAGGUCUU